AUGAUCCGUCGCAACUCCGACAUUGAGAUCCAGCUUCCGGAUGCUGGUCCAACACCUCUUUCACCCGAAUCCUUGAGCGAUAUCGAUGUAGAGAUGCUCUCUGAGGAGCCGACUCUUCCCUUAAGUCUCCCACCACACAUUGCAGCCCGGUUCUACCGCAAAAGCAGCAAGGCCCGCCGUUCCUCCGCCGCCUCAUCUCGACGAAGCUCAGUCUCCUCUUUGCACUCCCAUAAUUCGACCGGGUCCUCGAAUGGCUCGAUAAGUGCGGAUCAUAUUGCUCAACACCUCCGUCGCACGUCCAUUUUGGAGAGCCGAAAGGCGCGACUCGCGGAUCGUGCAUUGCAUGCGGAGAAAGUGAGGCUGCGAGCCGCUCUGGCUAAAGCAGCUACAAGAAAUCUACAAUUCGAAGAGAGAGCGUUGGCUGCCCAGCAGGCCCGGGAGCGUCUGCUCGCCGAUAUCACCGCCAAGUGCGAGGAUCAGGUCAAACGGGCCAAAAAGAAGGCCGAGGAUCAGCGGGAGAAGAAAGCUGCCGAACAAGCUCGACUGCGUCUGGAAAUGGCAGAGAAGUUUGCGGAGGCAGAGAAACGACGCGCAUUAUACCAACAAACCCACCGCCGCCAACGUACUAGCAGCUUGCCAGCCACUGAGGAAAAGAAGAUGUCCCGAGAGGUCACCAAGUCCGUUGCGCAGGAUGCUGCUGCGCGGAAGAUCCAGCGCGUAUGGAGAACCCAUAACGCGAAGAUGGUUAUGCAGCAGUUCCAGUCGUUGAACCUGUCGGUAGACCGAGUUCGCGACAUGGCCUUUGAAGAAGUUGGUGCUCUCCUUUCUAACAGCAAGUUGCUCGAUACUAUGACGAACGUUCUCCGCCUCUGCGGUCUGCAAGAUAUGGAAGGCGGCGCGAUGGGUGAGAGGGGUGCAGUACGCACAUUCCUCAGCAGCUAUCUCAUUGUCACUCAUCCCCAAGAAGUUUUGAGCAGCAAUGGAGACCAAGAGCAAGAUCUGAUUGCCAAGGCCCGGGACCUGCUGGUAGCCUUUGACCAGGUCACGGCGCUGCUAUCGUCAGGCUGUUGCUCUCCAUCCGUGAUCACUGCAGAUCUGCAAACUUUGUGUGAAUCACACAACGUGUUUUUCUCUGCUUUCCAUGCUUGGAAGUCGCAUGAUUCUAGUGUACUGAUUGAGAUCAUGGUUGCACAGUUUGUCGAACUGGAGUUGAUUUGGCAGACGGUCAAGAAUGACAAAGCCGGCGGUGCUGCAGAGGACUACAGACUGGGUAUCCGACAGAACCAGGUCCUUUUGCUCGCCCGUCUGAAAAGACUUGCGGGGCCUGACCGACACAUGGAACUGAUCCGAGAUUCAUUGAAGAAGGCCAAGCGGGAGAAGAAGAGGGCUGCCUCCAAGCAAGCUAUUCCUCGCGAGUCAUUCAACAACAUCGAUGCCGCAGUAUUCCAAGAGCUGGAUAAGCAGCGGAUAUCUCCCCACGAGAGAUUCACCAAAAUCCUCACUCCUCUCCCUGAAAAUCGGGAGCUGGUGCAUGAACUCCUCAUCAACAAAGAGUUCAAGAUCGAGGAGGCACCGUACACUGAACCGCGCAGACAGAUUAUGAAGCAGAUGUGCGACACAAUGAGAAAAGGGGUCGAGUCCGGACACGGCACCAACUGGACUGUCGCAAUGGCUACAGUGAUCCAAGAUCGGUUGCUGCGCUCACUCCAACGGGGCAAUUCCCUUUACGUGAUAAUUAGCGAAGCCUUAGACCCAAAACUGGUUCAGGGACAGUGCGAGGCUGGCACAUUCUCCUAUGAUAAUUUCUUCGAGUUCAUGAACAACAUCUUACCACGCCUCUGCGCUCCCUACCGGGAUCCUGUGGUCAAGGCAUACAUUGAGGAUACGUCAGGCGAUGCCAUCGACCGGCUGGCUCGAUUGAUGAGCAUCAUUGAUCUGCUAUCACUCGACCAAACGAAUUUCAUGAUCCAGCUUGCUGCACCCCAGCUCAUCGAAGAAGCUCCGGGUUAUGAGAAGCGGGCAUUCGACCGAGAUGUUGCAGACGGAACCAUCACCCUGGGCAAGACCCGACGAUUCUGGCGCAUUCAUCGCAAGAUCAUUGUUGAUGAGAUGAAGAAGCGAGACCCGGAAGGCGUCCAAGGAGAGCCACACCCACCAUCAGCACGAGUCUACGCCCAAGGUCUUGCCGACACCGUUCUAAGCAAUGCGGUUGUGUCUGAGGAUCUAGUUCCGGAGACUCUGGCCCUCGAUCGCCAACGGCUUGAGCGGCUGCACGCCAGGGUAUUCCAAAUUGUAGCAACUGCUUCCAUCCUGUUGACAGCAAAGAACCUGCUUAAGCGAGACGCACGGUCCCAGUGGAAACCUGAAGCAGACCGGAUUCUGUCUCUGGACUUCAACGAGAUCAGCCCAGAGCGAGUACAGUCUAUCCUGGAGUCGACGCAUCCGAUGCCACCCGCUGCGAGCGCCCAGCUCGCAGCUACGAUCAAACGAGUGCUCGGACCCGUCGCCACAGCAUGUCUCGCUGCCGCACCCCAGCUCGCGGUGGUCACUUCAGAGACCCCUGUCUCAGACUCGAAUGGAAGCACAACCUCCGCGGCUAGCUUCUCGGACCCGGUGACGAAACUCAUUCUCUCCCGCCUUCGCAGCCACAUCCUAUCGCGCCUCAGCGCAUCGAGUGCCUCUGAACGGGUGCGGGCUACUACCACGGCUAGUCAGAAUCUAGCUGGAGCCGGUAUGCCGGAGUUUGUUAAUGAGGUUGGGAAGUUGGUGGAAGAAUUAGAGAAGGUCCGGGAAGUGGAUUGGCUUUGCCAUGGGGCGAUAUACGAGGGUUUAUAUGAAGAAGGCGUUCCAGCACAGUGA